CGACAACGUCCCGAUAACUUGCAGACUGUGGCGCAACUGGUCUCGACACCGGAGGCGCCCGAAUGCUGUCCGGGUGAGGACUGCGGCGCAGCUAUUAUGCGUUAAGCGGGCGCCGCGAAGAGAGACAUUGCAGGGCGCCUGCGCCAAGGGGCACGCAUGCGUAGAGGGACGAGCCCGCUGACAGAUUCUCGGUGGCGGUGGCGGCGGCAGCGGCCCUGGACUGCGGGGAAUGGGAAUCCUAGGUCUUUGAGCACCGCCCCCGCCUCCCUGCCCGCGACAUGGCUCAGGAGAAGAUGGAGCUGGACCUGGAGCUGCCUCCGGGCACGGUUGGGAGCCCGGCGGAGGGCGGCGGCAGCGGCGGCGGCGGCGGCGGCGGCGGGGGCCUCAGGAGGUCUAACAGCGCCCCCCUGAUCCACGGCCUCAGUGACACUUCGCCGGUGUUCCAGGCCGAGGCGCCGAGCGCCAGGCGAAACAGCACAACGUUCCCGAACCGCCACGGCCUGCUACUACCGGCCUCCCCCGUCCGCAUGCACAGCAGCCGCUUGCACCAGAUCAAACAGGAGGAGGGCAUGGACUUGAUCAAUCGAGAGACCGUCCACGAGCGCGAGGUGCAGAACGCAAUGCAGAUAAGCCACUCCUGGGAGGAAAGUUUCAGCCUGAGUGACAACGACGUGGAGAAAUCCGCCUCCCCGAAACGCAUCGAUUUCAUUCCGGUGUCGCCAGCACCGUCACCCACCCGGGGAAUUGGGAAGCAGUGUUUUUCACCAUCCUUGCAAAGUUUUGUGAGUAGCAAUGGAUUGCCUCCAAGUCCUAUUCCCAGCCCAACGACCCGAUUUACUACCCGGAGAAGCCAGAGUCCAAUUAAUUGCAUUAGACCAAGUGUUCUUGGACCAUUGAAAAGAAAAUGUGAAAUGGAAACUGAAUAUCAGCCAAAGAGAUUUUUCCAGGGCAUCACCAACAUGCUUUCUUCUGACGUUGCACAGCUGUCAGAUCCUGGUGUGUGUGUAUCUUCCGAUACCCUUGAUGGAAACAGCAGCAGUGCCGGAUCUUCUUGUAAUUCACCAGCGAAAGUCAGCACUACCACCGACUCUCCUGUGUCACCUGCCCAAGCGGCCUCUCCAUUUAUUCCAGUAGAUGAACUUUCAUCUAAGUGAUUCACCCACCCAUCCUGAGACUCGGUUUUGUUUUUGUCUUUGCAAUGAAGAGAAAAAUGAAGUUGGAACAAGCACUGAACUUUGUCGAUUAAUUUGAGGCUAUUUCCUAUUUUACCCUUUUUCCUUUUUUGGAAUUUCCUGAAAUGUUGGUAUUCUAGAGAACUUUUAUGUCAGAUUCCUGCGGGUGCCCUUGAAUUCAGUGUAGUAAUAUUUUCAGACGUUUUCCCAAUAAGUGUGUUGAAGCAUACAUCUUUACGCUGCUAAUAUGUCUAAAUACAUAUGUUAUCCCUUGAUUUUUUAAAAUAACUGAGAGCUCUAUUUAUUUAUGCGAUUAUUAAGUUCUGAUGCAAAUAUAAAUGUUGAAUUAAUCAGCAUAGUAAACUGAUGUUUUAAAAUUCCCUACUUCAUGCCCACACUAAUUUUUAAUGUUAUUUUCAGUGAUUGCUAAUUUCUAUUUGAUGAAGAACAAUAACUUACCUAUGUACAGGUAUUUUUAAAAUGUUAGUUUUAUCCAUCCAGUGGUUGUCUGUUUUACCCAGGAAUCCUUGAAUAUUUAAUUUUCUGGGUACAGAAGUGGAUGGGGGAUGGUGAUAAAAGAACAGAAUAUAAAAGUUUGCAACAAAUCUUUUAAAAUUAAAUAUAUAAAAGUAAACAUAUUUAAAAAACAUUUUCUAAUGAAAUUUUAAUAGUAAUUCUAAUAAGUUGUACAAAUAUAACUACUAUACAGAAUUUCUUUCUUUUUUUUUUUUUUUAAACCAGAAAGUGCAUUCUUUUGGGCAUAAUCCUAAAGUGAAAUGGGACAGUGCCUUGCAGUUUUAGCCCACUGUACAUAGGCUGAGGCCAGGUUCUUUGUACCACUGCAAAUUUAAAAGUUUUUCCAUUGUAGAAAAUGUGUGGGAAGCCCUGUUGAACUUCAGCAGAGUACCCAGGCAGAUGAAACUCUCUCAAUCAUUAAUAUGCUUUAAAAUACCCAAUCGUGCCUCAGUGAAAACCCUUGCCAACAAGGAACCAGCGCCACUUUUGGCUGCUUUUAUGCUCUGCCCAUCUGUCACCUUCUUGGUUUUCCCUGGCUCAGGAAGGAAGCAGCUGUUUCCUUGCCAACAGGUCCUUCCUCUCCACCUCCCAAGAAACUAGGGCAUCAUUGGUUAGACAAAGGUACAGUGUGACUCAAACUUCUGACAGUAGGCAACAACAGGACCGUGGAAUUGUUUCAGGAACCUCUGUGGUUAAAGCUACAGCUGGAGUUGACUGCCUGGGGGAUGUCGUGUAAUUCAGGGGCAGUGACUUGCCAGAGAAAAUCAGGGGAGAGUCACCUAGGUAAAUCAUUAUUUAACUUAGGUUUUGUUAAAGGUAGAAUUGUGAAAUGUUCUUUUCUUUGCCUUUUACAAUUAAGACAAAGUAUGAAAAUAUUUAAUAACAAAUUUUUUUAUAUUAUACUUCCUUAUAUUUCCUGUAUCUUCCUUAACUAGAUAAGUAAGUAGAUAGAAAGAAUGGCAAACAAAAGGGGAAGGGGAAAACAAUAAAAGAGAGACCAAGAAACCAAGACAAAAUGUUCCGGCUCACUUUAAGUUAUUGCCUACAGAGACUUUAACAAUUACGUGGAAUUUUUACAACUAUGAGAAUAAAUGGAACUGGUCAACUUUUG